UAUUUGAGUGGAAAAGUCUUUGUUCCUACCAGAUUUUUUUCUACCAAACAGCAUGAUGGUGCUCUUGAGACUGUUUUUGCUUUUAGUGUUUGUGAGUGAAAUAUUGUCAAACCCUUUAUUUUAUAACACCCCACAAGCUCUAGUGCUGUUUGCGUCUUCUGCAUCAGCUUCUGCUUCUACAUCUGGUGGUAAUAUUGCCAAUCUUCGCCAAACUAAAGCAGCUAAUCUCCAAGAUUCGUUGGAUGACGAUGACUUUUUUAAAGAUUCGGUAGAAAAUCAGCAGAAUGAAGAGAAAGACCAAAAUGAAAACCCAAUGCCUAAUUUCGUCCAAAGAAAACUUGCUAAAAUAAUGAACGUACUUGGACUGCUAAAUAGUCUUUCAAACCCAGCUUCGCCUGAUAAUAAAGUUGAAAGUGAACAAGACGAUUUUGACAAAGACUUUAACGAAGACUUUAGUCGUGAAAACCUCGAACAAAAAGUGGGUUAUGUCUACAAUAAACCGACCAAGGCAAACAAAAGUGCAAACCAAGUUAGUGCUAAUAGAAUGGACUUCAGUCCUGCUAAUAUUGGAGUAUUCUUCCUUGAACUUAUUGGGAGCUUGGUGGGUCUAGCUUAUGGUGCGGCGGCACAAUUGAAUCAUCCUGGAAGUACGACCACACCAACAUCGAUUUAAUAUUGUAUGUGUUAAUUCUGUCAUAACUAAUUAGCUUUUAAUCUCACACUAAUUAUAAACUUUAAAGUCAAAACGGAAUGUGGUUGUAUGUGUCUGGAAAAAAUAUUUAUUGUGAUAAAGUUGCCAUUGUUGUU